CGCCAUUGUUUAUCCACCACAGCGAACCCUAGAACUUUCAAUCUCACACUCACAGUCGAAUUCAAUCACUUCUCCGCGUGAAAAAAAAUGUCCGGCCGCGGAAAGGGAGGCAAGGGGCUGGGAAAGGGCGGAGCAAAGCGCCACCGUAAGGUGCUCAGGGACAACAUCCAGGGCAUCACCAAGCCCGCUAUCCGUAGGCUGGCCAGAAGGGGCGGUGUGAAGAGAAUCAGCGGCCUGAUCUACGAAGAGACCAGAGGCGUUCUCAAGAUCUUCCUCGAAAAUGUUAUCCGCGAUGCGGUGACGUACACGGAGCACGCUAGGAGGAAGACUGUGACCGCCAUGGAUGUGGUCUAUGCUCUCAAGAGACAAGGAAGGACCCUCUAUGGCUUCGGCGGUUGAGCUCUGUCCUGGUUUAGCUCUAUGUAUUGGUAUUGACUAUUAAAGUAUUAAGCUUCGAUGUGAUUCUCACUGUGUAUCUAUGGUUUAAUCUUAAUGGAAAUAGUGAUUGAAUCUUUUUUGAUUAGAUUUACAUCUCAGUAUAAACUUUGCUAUUUUUAUGCUUAUAAGCUGUUUGAUUUAUUGUCUCA